GGGUGGGCGGUGCUUGUUGAUGCCGUUCGUCGCGGGGUCUGAUGCGGUUGUGAAGUGGUCGGUGACCAGCUCAGCGGACGGAGGCGACUCAACCAUCCACUUCAGCCCAUAACUUCUAACUGGCGCCGUGCGCCCGGGUCCUCGCGCAUCUCCGGAGAGCAAGGCGGACAUUUUCCCUCAGCUUCUGCGGAUUUAGUCUGUGUGACGAGGCCAGACUAGACCUGUCGCGCCACAUCCAAACAGUCUGGAAAACACCCCGUGGCGGAGCGCACGUGAACGUGGCCGGGAGGCGCGCGGUCAUGCGGCGUGCGUUUGCGUGUGACGGGCGCGCGGUGAGGUGACCUGGAUGCGGAUUCAGCCCGCUCGCGCGUCGCGCCGGAGCGGUGUGGGGGGGGGCAGAGAAGACCCGGGGAAGAGACCCACGAAGCGCCUCUGUGGAGCCGAGGCUUCGCGUCUGCGUCCCCGAGAAGACGUUUCUGAGGCGGGAGAGGAGCCGCAGCCGCGCCGCCGCGUUCCGCCCACACUUUCCCCACAACACAAAGUUGGACAGCGAGGGGGAAGUUUUCCAGCCUGUCGCAACCGCACUCGCCGUGUAAUGAGGCGCGUCCGCCCGCUUCACAUUAACCACUCACAACCGCGCUCGGCGUAAGUGAUUCUCCUCCUGCAGCGUGUUGGAGGCUCUCUGAGCUGAUGACCGCUUUGAACGCGCACUGGUCUGCGGUCAGUGGGGUCCAGAGCCGAGCUGCACGUGCCGCUUGAUUAAUUCAAGGCAGAACGCGAGUCCGGUUAUUUCUUCCCGUUCCAUAUAACAGCCAUGGAGCUGGCGUCCUGGAGCAGCGUCCUGCUGGGCUGCGUCUUUCUGCACUGGGCUUUCCUGGCGUCUGCAGAGGAAGAGGUCCUGAUGAACACGAAGACGGAGACGUCUGAUCUGAAAUGGACCAUCUUCUCUCGUGCCCGACCCGAGUGGGAGGAAGUGAGCGGUUUGGAUGAGGAGAACAACAGCGUGAGGACCUAUCAGAUCUGUCAGACCGACAGCGCAUCCAGCCACUGGCUGCGCAGCGGCUUCAUCCAGCGCAGGGGCGCGUCUCAGGUUUACGUGGAGCUGCGCUUCACCAUGAUGGAGUGCUCGUCCCGCAGCACCCACCACCGCAGCUGCAAGGAGACCUUCAACCUCUACUACUACCAGGCCGACUCCAACGAGGCCACGGACUCCCACCCGCCCUGGAUGGAGAACCCGUACACCAAGGUGGACACAGUGGCUGCAGAUUUUCUCCUAAGGAAGGGAGGGGAGCGGAAAUUCAAUGUGAAGACCUUAAGACUGGGCCCUUUAUCCAAGAGGGGCUUCUACUUGGCCUUUCAGGCUCAGGGCGCCUGCAUGGCUCUGCUCUCCGUCAGGGUGUUCUUCAAAAAGUGUCCUCCCCUGGUCAGCGCCCUUUCCUCCUUCCCAGAGACAGUUCCCCGCACUCUGGUUCAAGAGGCGCAGGGAGUGUGCGUGGAGCACGCCUCCCAGCAGGGGCCCCGGCCUCGGCCGCCCAAGCUCUUCUGCGGAGAGGACGGCCAGUGGGUCGGCCAGCCGACGACCUCGUGCGCCUGCGUGCCGGGGUUCGAGCCCACGGAGGGGCACACGCGCUGCACAGCCUGCCCUGAGAAUCACUUCAAGUCGGGCACGGAGGGCCAGUGCACCGCCUGCCCGUCCUACAGCUACACCACCAGCAGGGGGGCGCCGGUGUGCGCCUGCCGCCCCCUGUACCUGCGCGCUGAGUCGGACCCGGCCGACGCCCCGUGCACCCAGCCGCCCUCAGCGCCACGCAGGGUCAACCCCCUGAUCAACGACACCACGCUGGUUCUGGAGUGGAACGAGCCCCUGGAGAACGGCGGGAGGACGGACCUGAGCUACGCCAUCGGCUGCUCCGUGUGCAGGUCUCCCAAGGCGCCCUGCCUCCCCUGCGGAGACCUGCUGAGCUACCGGCCGGCGCAGCACGGCCUGCUGGGCCGCAGGGUGGAGGUGUGGGGCCUCCUGCCUCACACCACCUACACCUUCACCAUCCAGGCCCUCAACGGGGUGUCCCACCUCAGCGGCAAGGACCCGGCCAGCGACAGCGUCAACAUCACCACCAGCCACGACGUGCCGCUGCUGGUGCCCGUUAUCCAGCAGAGAGACUCCACAGAGAGCAGUCUGACUCUGCACUGGCCCGUCCCGACGCAGACCCACUACAACAUCCUGCAGUACCAGCUGCGCUACUGUGAGAAGGAGCGCCGCAGCGAGGAUCAGUGCCACUACACGGAGAGCAACAGGAACCAGGCCGUGCUGACGGACCUGCGCAGGGCCACUCAGUACGAGGUGCAGGUCCGGGUGCGCACCAUGGCCGGCUACGGCAGCUUCAGUCGAGUGAACAUGUUCCACACACUGCCCGAUGGACGCGACGCCGCCUCGCAGUUCUUGAUACCUGGCAUCCUUAUCGCUGUUGGGAUGCUGCUCCUUGUCACUUUUGUCUUGGUGGCUGCCUACUGCAUACGCAGACACAGCCGAAUAAAGGACCCGGAGCUGAGCGACAAAAACAGCCAGUACCUGGUCGGCCAAGGGGUCAAGGUUUAUAUCGACCCCUUCACCUAUGAGGACCCCAAUGAGGCGGUGCGAGAAUUUGCAAAGGAAAUCGACGUUUCCUUUGUCAAGAUUGAGGAGGUUAUCGGCGCUGGAGAGUUUGGCGAGGUCUGUCGCGGACGUCUGCGGGUUCCGGGCAAAAAAGAAAACUACGUGGCCAUAAAGACCCUGAAGGGAGGCUACACCGAGAAGCAGAGGCGCGACUUCCUGUCCGAGGCGUCCAUCAUGGGCCAGUUCCAGCACCCGAACAUCAUCCACCUGGAGGGGAUCAUCACCGCCAGCUGCCCGGUCAUGAUCCUCACCGAGUUCAUGGAGAACGGAGCCCUGGACUCGUUCCUGCGGCUGAACGACAGCCAGUUCACACCCAUCCAGCUGGUGGGCAUGCUGCGCGGCAUCGCCUCCGGCAUGAAGUACCUGGCGGAGAUGAGCUACGUGCACCGGGACCUGGCCGCGCGCAACAUCCUGAUUAACAGCAACCUGGUGUGCAAGGUGUCCGACUUCGGCUUGUCGCGCUUCCUGCAGGAGAACUCCUCCGACCCGACCUACACCAGCUCUCUGGGAGGGAAGAUCCCAAUCCGCUGGACAGCACCGGAGGCGAUAGCCUUCAGGAAGUUCACCUCCGCCUCAGACGUGUGGAGCUACGGCAUCGUCAUGUGGGAGGUCAUGUCUUUUGGAGAGCGACCGUACUGGGACAUGAGCAACCAGGAUGUAAUCAACGCCAUCGAGCAGGACUACCGGCUGCCCCCGCCCCCCGACUGCCCCACCCACCUGCACCAGCUGAUGCUGGACUGCUGGCAGAAGGACCGCUCGGCGCGGCCGCGCUUCGCCGACCUGGUCAGCGCCCUGGACAAGCUGAUCCGCAACCCGGCGUCGCUGAAAAUAGUGGCCCAGGAGGGAGCGGGGCCGUCCUACCCCCUGCUGGACCAGCGGGCACCUCUGGCCCUGUCGUCAUGCGCGUCCGUGGGGGACUGGCUGAGGGCCAUCAAGAUGGAGCGCUACGAAGACAGCUUCCUGCAGGCCGGCUUCAGCUCGGUGGACCAGCUGGCUCAGAUCAGCACACAGGAUCUGCUGCACAUGGGAGUAACUUUGGCUGGGCAUCAGAGGAAAAUCCUGUCCAGCAUCCAGACGAUGACCUUUCGGAACAAGGGCACGGCAACUGUGACCUUCUAGCUCACCUGCCUCCCGACCCGGACCCGAGCAGCGGCACGCGGCGCCCGCUGGAGCCGCUCCCGCGUCCCACUUUCUAAGAGCCAUGCCAGAAAAUAUUCACGACUGUGACAAAAAAUAAAUAAUUAAAAAAAUGGAGAUUUAAAGACUAGAGACGACGUCCACACGAGGACGGGAGCGUCAUCCAGACGCCGGCGAAGUCCCUGUCAGCCACAGCGCGGAGGGGAUGAAGCAGACGCUCCGCGGCUCUGGCCCAUUUUUACAGUUUUAUGAUUGAUGUUUUUCUAUCCGAGCGAAGGGGCGACGCAGAGUUUACAAAGUCUCUGCGCUCAAAACUGUCAGUUGAAGGGUCGUUGUGCCAGUGAGACGCAAGUUCACCAAAGGAGACUAAAGGAAAUGUCAGUGCCAGUUCAAGCAGUGGGUUUUCAUAUGACUGUGUAAUUAUGAGGACGAACUGCUUUCAUGCCGGGACGUAUUAAUGAGUCUGGGCUGCAUUUCUAAAUGAACCGAACAUGUCAACCUUUGGAUCUUUCGGCUUUUUCCAUCUGAUUUCAUCAUCAUUACUCCCUCUUUACUCAGGUGCGAUGUGUAAUGCAGACUUUGGAGAGCGCUGUACAUCCUAAUCAGACCGUUCUCAUUUUCCUCAGCCUCACUCUCAUCUCAACACAUCAGCAAAGUGCGAGGAGACAGAGACGUGUCAGCACUUUUUUUUCUUUUUUUGGGGGGGGGGGUUGUGCUCGUCAGUAACCACUGCCCAUGUUUCUGCCGGCAGCUCCGUUCCUUUUUUAUAAUCAGGGAACGAGGACCAAGUGGACUCAGAGACCAGCUCACACUGUAGAAGUGGUUUUCUUUGUAGACAUUUACCGAGGAGGCAGUCUGGCCUCCAACAUGUUUUGCUUGAUAUAUCUGACGCAUUUUUAAUUAUCUUCUCCUCUAUUCUCCUCUUUCAAUCUUCCAGUGCCAUUCAGCCGUCUUUGUGGACUUAAAUGCCAAUUUUAUAAAACAAAACCCUCUCGUGGGUGAUUCUAUUUUGUCUCAUUUAAAUGUACCUUAAAGGGUCGACUUUGACAUUUUGAAGCUCGGUGUAUAAUUCUCCAUUAUCAUGUGUUUAUUGUAUAGCGUUCGCCCCAGAGCUGCACAGCUGUGUUUCCUUGAACAUUGAGCACGUCGGACGACGCGGAGCUUGUUGCGAGCAGUGUCUCAGCCCCUCUCACGUUUCCAAUCGAGUGUAUUAUUUGUAUCAUCGCAUGCUCGAUUUUCUCAUGAAUCACUGAAAGACUACGAGCUUCUAGCAACAAACUGGACUGUUUGUUCCAAGAAGAAACAGCUGGAGCUCCAAGUCUUUACGUCACUCCACAUUUUGACAACUUUUCUGAAUAAUCUGAAUAACGUAGCUUAAUAACUGCUUAAACAUAAGAACCAAAACACAGUUUGUUUAUUUUACUAAAUAGUUUGCCCUUUGUGCCAUAGUCUUUAUGCGUUGUAGUAUUUUUUUUCAAAAAGUCAGCAAAAAGCGACACAUUUCCUAAUAUGUUCUUGUUAAUAGAGUUCUUUGAAUGUUUUGUUGCAUUUUUCUACAUUAUUUUUUUAGUUUAAAUGACAAAAGAAAUAAAACAAACUAAUAAAUAACAAUAACAAUAAUUCAAUUUGAUUAAUGCAAAAUUCACGCGUGACCGUGCCAUCGCUGAAAGCAUCCGUUCCGUUUGCUGACAUGCGUUUGUUGGUCUAAGCUACUGGGGUCAGCGCGCGCAAGCCUGGACGUCAUGGGAGGGUUGUGAAAACAGUGGUCUUCAUAUUGAAGAUCUCAAUAAAACCAUGUUUGAAAUAACCACUAUUAUGUUUGAAUGCUGUCCUGUGUGUAGGCUGAUCUGUACUGAGUAUUCACAAUAAAGACAUGCAACAGUGUUUACAA